GCUCGAGUGCGCGCGGUCACAUAUGCAUGUGACGGUCGAUUAUUAUGGUGCGGGGUGUCGAGCAGGGCGGCCCCGCCAUGGACGAGUCUUCGUCGUCGUCGUCGCCGUCGCCGGUGUCCGCGCCUGCAGGGCAGGCAGCCAUGACGGCCGGCGGCAUCGCCACCGUGGCGGCCGUGCUCAUCGUCUUCGCGGCGCUCACGCUCGCCUUCGUCCUGCUCCAGUGCUACUGCGACGAGCGGCGCCGCGCCGUGACGACGACGUCGACGAGCGGGCGCGGGCGGCGGCCGCGGCCGCGGCGGCGCUCUGGGAGCGGCGGGGACGGUGGAACGGGAGGAGGGGUCGACCCGGAGGUGCUCCGGUCGCUGCCGGUCACGGUGUACAGCCGCAGCACGGCGGCGGCGGCGGCGAAGGAGGAGGAGGAGGAGGACGACGACGGCGUCGAGUGCGCGGUGUGCCUCGCGGAGCUCGAGGACGGCGAGGAGGCCAGGUUCCUCCCCCGGUGCGGCCACGGCUUCCACGCCGAGUGCGUCGACAUGUGGCUCGGCUCCCACUCCACCUGCCCGCUCUGCCGCCUCACCGUCGUCGUGCCGCCGCCGCCUCUUCCUCCCGUCCCGCCGGAGCCGCCGGCGAGCUACACCGUGAGCCUCCCGGCGAGCGUCCUGCUCGGCCUGUCCGACCAUGGCGCCGGCGCGGUGACCAUGACAGCGGAGGGCCGCAGCACGCUGGUGAUCGAGAUCCCCGAAUCCGCGGCUUCGACGACCCCGCGCGACGCGGCGGCGAGGUCGUCGCCGAGCUUGGCGCGGCUGAGGUCACUGAGAAGGCUCUGGAGCUUCGGGCGGCAAGGGGCGGCGGGGUCGACGUCGUCAUGCUCCUGCGCCACCGGAGGAGACAACGACGACGGCGACGUCGAGCACGGUGUCAGCGUCACCGUCGCCAUCCGCGCCGUGGAGGCGGCAACGCCGGCACGGCCACCGGAGGCCGAGGCCGGUGCAAGAACCGCCGCCGCGCAUGUCCGGAAUUGACGGCGGCGAGGUCGUCAAGUAUUAUAAGGCGAUCUCCCUGUACAUAUCGGUAGAACCGAACUGGAAUCGCCAUUAAUUCCUACGAUUUUAGAAAAUAUCAAUUUCAUUUUUAAGAUUAGAAACAUUUAAGUAGAAAUUAUUUGUUCAUCAGUCAAGUAGCAAAGAGAAAUGUAUGGAUGGCAGUGAGAAGCAUCCCUCUCCGUAUGUUCCAUGAAUUGUGAGCCGAAUAUGAAUUUCAGCCAAAUCUUGACUAUCA